GCCGCAGCUGCAUCUAGCCGGGCUGGCUUCCUUCCCAGCCCUCUUUCCCUCCUCCUCUUCUUCCUCCUGUAUGAGUCAGGCAUUUCCCGGGGAAUCGGAGCAGCCACGCGCGGCCCGGGAGCCCGGAGCUGCAGCGGCGGCGGCGGCAGCUGAGGCGGCGGGGCUGCCACCGCGGCGGCCACCCGCUCCCCGGGCGCGCAGCGAUCAUGGAGAGGGCGGCCCAGAGCGCAGACGGCGGCGGCGGCGGGGGCAGCAACAGCAGCAGCCGUAGCAGCAGCCGCGCCACCUCGGCGGGCUCCUCGCCCUCCUGCUCCCUGGCUGGCCGAGGGGUGGCCAGCCGCUCCGGGGCCGCGGGACUGGGCGGCGGGGGCAGCCGCAGCAGUCCCGGCUCGGUGGCCGCUAGCCCGUCCGGAGGAGGCGGCCGCAGGAGGGAGCCGGCGCUCGAGGGCGUGCUCAGCAAAUACACCAACCUCCUCCAGGGCUGGCAAAACAGGUACUUUGUGCUGGACUUUGAGGCUGGCCUCCUGCAGUAUUUUGUGAAUGAGCAGAGCAAGCAGCAGAAGCCCCGAGGAGUCCUGUCUUUGUGUGGAGCCAUCGUGUCCCUGAGCGACGAAGCCCCCCACAUGCUGGUGGUCUACUCUGCCAGCGGAGAGAUGUACAAGCUGAGAGCUGCUGACUCGAAGGAGAAGCAAUUGUGGGUGACUCAGCUUCGAGCGUGCGCCAAAUACCACAUGGAGACGAGUUCCAAGACUACUCCAGGCUCCCGCAGCCGAAGCCUCACUUUGCUCCCCCACGGAACACCCAGUUCUGCGUCUCCCUGUAGCCAGAGACAUCUCAGUACGGGCGCCCCCGGUGUUGUCUCAGUCACGCGUCACAAGUCGCCUGCCGCUGCCCGAAGAGCCAAGAGUCAGUAUUCCGGCCAGCUUCACGAAGUCAGAGAGAUGAUGAACCAGGCGGAAGGCCAGCAGAAGAACCUCGUGCACGCCAUCGAGUCCCUGCCGGGUUCAGGGCCCCUCACUGCCUUGGACCAGGACCUGCUUCUCCUGAAGGCUACCUCUGCUGCCACCCUCAGCUGCCUCGGGGAGUGCCUCACCCUGCUUCAGCAGAGUGUGCGCCAGGCGGGCCCACCCAGCCACAAGCCAGGCGCCUCAGAGACCAUCCUGGGAUGGCAUGGGCCCGCGUCACAUUCCGCAGACCAACUGAAAAAUGGGACCCUUGGCUCUCUUCCCUCAGCUAGCGCCAACAUAACGUGGGCGAUUCUACCGAACUCCUCAGAAGAGGAACACAGCUCACAGCCGGAGCCAGAGCCAGACUCAGGCCCUGAAGUGGUUUUGUCCGAAGAAGAACAGAGUGAUGAUGAGGACAAGGGAGAGGUGGAGCCGGGCGCCGUGGAGGACCAGCGCAGCGUAAUCCUCCACCUCAUCUCACAGCUCAAGCUGGGCAUGGACCUAACCAAGGUGGUGCUCCCCACAUUCAUUCUGGAGAAGCGGUCCUUGCUGGAGAUGUACGCAGACUUUAUGGCCCACCCUGACCUGCUGCUGGCCAUCACUGCAGGGGCGACGCCAGAGGAGAGAGUCAUUAGCUUCGUGGAGUAUUAUCUUACCGCCUUCCAUGAGGGCCGCAAAGGCACCCUGGCCAAGAAGCCCUACAACCCCAUCAUCGGGGAGACCUUUCACUGCUCCUGGGAGGUUCCGAAGGACAGAGUCAAGUCGAAGUGGACUUCCCCCCACCCUCCCAUUAGUGUUCACGAGCAUCCGAUGGCCGAUGACCCUUCUAAAAGCUAUAAGCUCAGGUUUGUGGCUGAGCAGGUAUCCCAUCAUCCGCCCAUCUCCUGCUUCUACUGUGAGUGCAAGGAGAAGAGACUGUGUGUCAACACUCACGUAUGGACCAAAAGCAAGUUCAUGGGCAUGUCCGUGGGGGUCUCUAUGAUAGGGGAAGGUGUGCUUCGGCUCCUGGACCAUGGGGAAGAAUACAUCUUCACGCUGCCCAGUGCCUACGCCCGCUCCAUCCUCACCGUCCCGUGGGUGGAGCUUGGAGGGAAGGUCAACAUCAGCUGUGCCAAGACUGGCUACUCUGCCACUGUGACAUUCCACACGAAGCCCUUCUACGGUGGCAAAGUCCACAGGGUCACAGCCGAAGUGAAACAUAACCCAACCAACACCAUCGUCUGCAAAGCACACGGGGAGUGGAACGGCAUCUUGGAGUUCACCUACAGCAAUGGGGAGACCAAAGUCAUCGACACGACCACCCUGCCUGUGUAUCCCAAGAGGCUUCGACCUCUGGAGAAGCAGGGGCCCAUGGAGUCCAGGAACCUCUGGCAGGAAGUCACCCACUACCUGAGGCUUGGGGACAUCGACGCGGCCACAGAGCAGAAGCGGCGCCUGGAGGAGAGGCAGAGGAUGGAGGAGAGGAAACGGGAAACCCUUCGCACACCAUGGCGACCUAAGUAUUUCAUCCCGGAGGGCGAUGGCUGGGUGUACUUCAACCCCCUCUGGAAGACACACUGAUGGGCGGAGGUGCAGCGCUUCCCGUAAUAGGCCUGGUUUUUGUAGGAAUUAAAGUGGUACAGUAUCAAGAUUCUGUUGGUGUUUGCUGAAAUCUCUUGUUAGCAUCCAAGUCAGAGAGAGGGGUUACAUACCGUGAAACAUGCACCCCCAAAUUCUGCCUGAGGAUUUCAUCCAAGAGCAGCCGAGACCCAGGGGCACACCUCGGCACACCUGCCAAGACUGACCUGGGUCAUCUUGAGCUCCUUUUUAUUCACGAGGCCUGGUGUUCUGUUUUUCAGUUGCCAUGGCCAUUUUGCCAUGGUCUUUUCCCACUCACCAGCUCCUGUCACAAUGCAGACUGAAGUGGCAUGGCCGGUUGAAGUUCCUGUCUGAAAAAAGGAGCUCAUUCCUGGCAGAAGGGUGAGAGGUCACCCUUUGCUGAUGCUUGUUCUUAUCCAAGUCCAAGGAAAGAGCAGGUAGGCCUUCCGGUUGAACAAGAGGACAGGAAGCCACUGGAGACUCAUACGGAGCCUUCUAGAAGGGAGUGACUCCUGAGGAAUCGGGGCUGGGCCCUCCAGGUGGUUUUAUCUCCAGUCUUUUUGACACUGCUCAUGCACAGAGCACGAGACCCUGUGUUCUUCACAGCAGAAACCAUGCAAUUAUUACAAAGGGCUCUGGAAGGUCAAUACACGCAUGCGUACACUACACGGACCACCACUGCCUCAUAUCUAGUUGGGGAAAGAGAACAAAUAGUCUUACUUCUUUUUCUUAAUUUUGACCCAAGCUGCCAGAAAGCCUCUUUACAGAGAGGAUAGCCACGCGCCCGAGCCCCAUGACCCCCUACUGAGUAUGUCUUCAGCCUUCACACAGGUCAGACACGGACCAAACAAUCGAGAAAAAGGAUGUCGAAUUUGAUUUUUGCUCAGUGCUUAAUUUAUUUUUUAUCAUGCCACCCCAAUGAUAUUUAUAAAAUUCAGUAGCAUGAAUGCUUCUCUGUAGUGACACUAAUUUUGUGCCUUUCGUCUGCUUUCUUAAGACCAACUGUUGACACUUUGUAGAUAUUAGACAAAUAUAUUUCGAUUAAAUA